AUAGCAUUAUCUCUGAAACGUCUUAUGCUCUUGCAGACGGAGCUACAACGCGUGAUUUAAGCAAUACGAUUAAUGUUUCAUUUCUUCGUAACAGUGAGCCGUGCAGUCGUUUGGUGGGAGGAAAGGCGAUUAAAUGGCAUGAAUUAAAAUGUAAAGACAAAAGUCAGUAAAAAUGACCGCGAUGAUACGGGGAGAGCAGAUCCUUUCAAAACGACAGUUUUCCCCCCGUUAACGUAGUUUGAAGAAAGCCGCGAUUGAUGGCCUUUUAAGGAAAACCCCCUAUUGCGUAACAACGAAUGACGUCAAGGAGUCACAAGACUGCCCCCCGAACUCUGUGGAGCUCGCGCUCGCCGGAACCCGGGCGUUUGUACAAUCUUGAGCAGGGAAAGAUGGCGGAGAGGAUGGAGCACCUGAGAGCCACCGGCUUCGCGAAAUACCACGCCAAAACCUGAAGACGCUUCCCAGCCGUACUCUUCGUCCUGGGCCUUUCAGAAAACAAAAAAAGACGUUAAAAAGGCGCCUCCUCUGGGACUGUGGGGCUGACCUUUUUUCCCUGUUCGUUAGUGUGGGUAACCGCAUGUUGUUUUGUUGAGAGACUGUAGUGAGUGAGGCAGAGUGAGGAGAGAGUAGGUAGGAGGUAAGGUGGACUCUUGCUAUUUCUGGGGGGAUGUUGUCCGUUCUCUCCUAUGGCAGACUGGUUGCCAGGGCUGUCCUGGGCGGACUUUCCCAAACAGAUAGCCGGGAUUACAGCCUGGUGACGGCAAGCUGCGGUUUCGGGAAAGACUUUCGGAAGGGGAUUUUGAAGAAGGGGAUGUGUUACGGCGAUGACGCCUGUUUCAUUGCUCGGCAUAGAUCCGCUGAUGUAUUGGGCGUGGCGGACGGCGUGGGCGGGUGGCGGGACUACGGCGUGGACCCCUCGCAGUUCUCGGGGACCCUGAUGCGGACGUGCGAGCGCCUGGUGAAGGAGGGGCGCUUCGUGCCCAGCAGUCCCGUGGGCAUCCUCACGACGAGCUACUACGAGCUGCUGCAGAACAAAGUUCCUCUCUUGGGCAGCAGCACCGCCUGCAUAGUGGUCCUGGACCGGCGGAGCCACCGGCUGCACACGGCCAACCUGGGCGACUCGGGCUUCCUGGUGGUGCGGGGCGGCGAGGUGGUCCACCGCUCUGACGAGCAGCAGCACUACUUCAACACCCCCUUCCAGCUCUCCAUCGCCCCCCCCGAGGCCGAGGGAGUCGUGCUCAGCGACAGCCCUGAAGCUGCAGACAGCACCUCUUUUGAUGUCCAGCUGGGCGACAUCAUCCUAACGGCAACCGAUGGCCUUUUUGACAACAUGCCAGAUUACAUGAUCCUGCAGGAACUUAAAAAACUUAAGAACACCAAUUAUGAGAGUAUACAACAGACAGCAAGGAGCAUUGCAGAGCAGGCCCAUGAGCUGGCAUAUGAUCCAAAUUACAUGUCGCCUUUUGCACAGUUUGCGUGUGACAAUGGACUGAAUGUAAGAGGGGGGAAGCCAGAUGACAUCACAGUUCUCCUGUCAAUAGUAGCGGAGUACACAGACUAGUGUCUGACUGAGGCCUCCAUUCUGCUGUCUUCCUCCUGUGUUCUACUGGACUGUUUCCUGCUGGCAGGAUCGGGGACUUGCCCAUUUGCAGCCAAAAUCGCCUCCCUCCCAUCCACUCCUCCACCGCCCUCGGAUCCGUUAUUCAUGUAGCCUCCAACCUUUCGUUCCCCGGCUCGGCUUCAUCUUUCUCUCUGCGCCCUAACCACUGCGAAAGCCCUGCGUUCCAGCAAGGGGGACUUUCUGUCAGACGUGACAGGCCAUCCUGGCUUUAGGGGUUCACUUUACAGAGAAAACUCUGUUGCCCUGCAACAGGGCCACCUGCAGCUUUCUUCUGAAAUCCACUCUGAAUCGGCCCUGCUUGAUCUAGGCGUGCUCCUGGAGGAAAGCACUCUGUGUGCAGUAGGAGUAACACCUAACUACGAACCUUUAACCCGUCCAGUUAGAGAGACAUGAGAAGCAAUGAAUUCCUGUUCGCAUCCUUUCCACUUGCUGAAAAAAAUCUUCUGGAUCUUUUAAUUAAUCUGUUUCUUUGUCUCAUUUCAAAGCUGUUCGUCCCCGUGUCGAUUUCACUGGCUCCGAAGUAUCACCUGUGGUUCAACAAGAAGGCGUGUCCUCAAACGUUCUAUAUGUUAUAAAACCCCAAACCACCACCACCCCUAAACAGGCUGAAACGUCUAUUUGAGUAACUUCCCCUUCUAAAACCAGAGCAAGAAUGUGGUGUCACUGCUGUGCUCAAGCCUGACGCAUACAGUCCUAUCCGAGUUUGAAAUUGUGACCUUUAAGAAAGAUACUGCAGGUUGUUACGGUGGUGGUGGUGGGGUAUCCACUCUAACAUGUCGGUGAAUGAUCUAUCUGUAUAAAACGUCUCUCUGUUUUCAUGUCAUAGAUGCCGUCAGUUUUAAAGUCCAUGUUUUAGAGGAGAGGUAACUUGUGCCAGCAAGGGCUCCUAGUGGGCUGGAAGUUGAGCUGAUUACAGCAGUCAUAGGGCUCGGAAAGGCUCCUUAAUCUUUAAACUCCAGAAGGUGUGAGGAUGUUAAGAGAGAGCAGUAAGGUCAAGUGAUUCUAAUUAAAUUAGGAAAGAAACAUCAGGGAGCAGUAGGUGUUACAGAAGGCUGCCACUCCAGCUUCAUAUCCUCCUUCCUCCAUUGGCGGAUUAACAGGGUUAAUACUCCUGUUCCUUUUUUUAACAAUGAGGGGUUGGGCUCAUUAACGGUAACUGUGUUGUCAAGUUCAGUAACGGUAGCUAUGUUUAAUUGGCAUAUGUUAAGAGUGUAGAAGAGUAGUGUGUGACUUUGUUUUUGGCAAAUGGAAUAUAUUUAAAAAAAAAGGUGUAAAACUGAUACAAUGUUAUAAUUACAGAGUUGGAUAUAUGCAGGUUGUUUUGGCACAACGACAAAGGCAAAGGUUUUCUGAGCAAGAGCAGGCAAACCUGAAUUCUGCGUUCACAUUUCAGUGGGUAGGUUAAAAAUAGGAAAAAUGUUGAAAUGCCCAUUUCUUUUUCAGGUUCUCCUUUGGUAGUGAGCUAAAUGAGGCCUUGUUUGUUGUGCAAGUGACUAGGACUUCUUGAUGUCAAUAAUCUUCCCUGUCCACUGUUGAAAUUGUUGAUACGGUCUCUCUUGAGUGUGUGUGCAUAUAUAUAUAUAUGAAGCGUCUGGAUUUCAAUGUCUGUUGGGUGAUCUGUUCUUAUAAUCUUUAAGAAAAGUACAAUUAACGCACAAGAAUAAUCCUAGCAUCUGUGAAUGCUUACAUCGGAGAUAUGUUAGGUCAUAUGAAUUAAUAAAGGUUUAUUUUUAUAACAUUUUGUUAUAGAAACUGAAUUGAUUCCACAGUUCAACAGUACAGCAAUGUGAAGAGACAUGAAUGCCUCUUGUACAUAUGUUGUUCCACCCAGAUAUAAAGCAUACAAUGUGUCCCUGAUAUGAAAUUUCCUAAAGCCAUCUUUUAUAAACAAACCUCUCUGUAUAAUUCAGGUAACAUGUUUGUGAAAGGUUGUCUAACAUUUUUUUUUUAGUGUUACUCUUACUUUCACAUGUCAGGCAUCAGGAUUAUUGAAUUGUUUUUUUGUGCUAUAGAUUUGUACUGUGUAUUUGCAUAACGUUCCGUGCAGCUUUUGAUUUUGUAAUUUAAACAAAUUCAACGUUUACAUGUACUAUGUACAUGUCAAUUUUACUUUAUUUAAAUUGCUCGUCAUGCUUGUAACAGGCAUUAUUUUUAUCUUUUUUGUUGUUCUUAAGCUUUUUACUAGUGAAACCAAGAAAAUUAUUUCAUUGA